GUCUUCAUCACAGUUUUGUGUGAGCAACACAUCACAACACAUUCAGUUACAACACUGCCAACAACCAACAUGAAACUGUUCAUAAUUUCCGCCCUCAUCGCCGUCAGCGCCGCUGCGCGCCUUGAGCACUUGGAGCAGGCUGCUCGUGGAAACUUUGGCGGACCCACCAACCAAUACCUUCCUCCUUUCGGUGGCCCCAGUGGUGGUUCUCAGGGUGGUCACGGAGGCGCUAGCGGCGGUUUCGGUGGCGCAAGCAGCGGCUUUGGUGGUGUCAACGGAGCUUUUGGAGCCAGAAACGGUGUUGCCAGCCGCUUUGGAGACGCGACCUCUAACAAAUACCUUCCUCCCUUCGGCGGUGACAGCAACAACGUCGGCAGUGGCUUCAACAGGCCUGGUGCUCAAGGAGCUGGACCUUCCUUCAACUCUGCUACCUCCAACAAGUAUUUGCCUCCCAACCAGGCUCCUAGCUUCGGACCAGCUGUUCGCGGUGAGGCCCCCAGCUCUCAAUACGGCGCCCCUCAGGGAAGCUUCGGUCACUCCGGUGCUAGCUUCGGUCAGUCUGCUGGUAGCUUCGGAAGCCAAUCUGGUUUCGGUGGUCAAUCCGGUUUCGGUGGUCAAUCUUCUUUCGGCAGCCAAGGCGGUCACUCGCAGUUCGGUCAAUCUGGUGCCAAUGGACAGCAUGGUCAGUCUGGUUUCGGUGGAUUCCAGAGAGGUUCUCAGGGCAGCUUCGGUAGCCAAUACAGGCCCAACUCUCAGGGCUCGAACUACCCCCAACAGAGCUUCGACGAAGAAACCGGCUACCACUACUAGUUCUUUCUAGAACUAGUUUCUAGCUAGAGCUAAAUUUAGCUUUAUUCAGCCAAUUGUGAUUGUGUUCUAAUCUCUAAAUAAAUGUAUAUUUUGUA